AUGACGUCAUUCUCGCGGGAGCAAGCGGCUCCCGUUAGGACUCGCAGGCCGCCCAGCCCCAGCCGAGAAGCCCCGCCCCCCGUGAAUCAGCUGAUCUCACGGCCCGCCGAGCUGCUCGCGCCGGAUGCAGACCGCGGUGCCGCGGGUGGAGAGUCAGGUGAGCGAGCGCGGGGCCCGGCUUGGCCCGUGGCUUCGGAAGGCUGA